UACAGUCAACAUAUGUAAGUCACAUAAAAGAACUGUCAAAAAACACGUGUCCCAAUGGACUCCGGGCACCAUGCAAUAGAACUUAUCUACCAAGAUAUUGUGAAAAAUCACCUUCAAGUUACGGCUUUAAUACAAGAUAUUUUGCAAUGUACUGGUCCUUUAGAAUUGCUCAACGAGUUGAAUGCAGAAGGCAGAGCAAAAAUAGCAGCUUUAAAAUCAUCAAUAGAUAAAUUGGCAUCAGUGGCAGAAAGAGAAUCUUCAGAGAAAAAGAAAGCAGAAUUAUUGGCAGAAGUAGAUAAUUAUAAACAACAACUUAAUGUUUCUUUGGCUGCAUUUCGCAAAGCCAAUGUUGUUAGUGUGUGUGUGAUAGAUAAACUUGCUAAAGAAGAACUACUCUCUGUGCCUGAAGAGCAACAAGCUGUUGUUCGUAGAAGACAUGACAAAAAAAGUAUAGCAAACUCAUCAAGUCAACUGUCUGAUAAACUUUUAAGUAUAUCUAGGCAUUUAGCUGAAACAACUCAAAAAAGUGCAGACACAUUGGACACACUAAUAACAUCAUCAGAUAAAGUUACCAGCACCAAAGAUGAAUUAGAACAUCAACAACAAGCUAUAGUUCAAUCUGGAAAACUUUUAGGCAAAUAUGGUAGAAGAGAAGUUACAGAUAAAGCUUUAGUAGCAUUGGCAUUUGCAUUUUUCCUUGCCUGUGUCUUUUAUAUUCUACAAAAAAGACUGUUCUGA